AAAGAGAGAUGUUGUGGAUGCGAUGGGAGGCGAGGACCUUGAUACAAUAGCUAUUACUAAGGAGAUAGUGCUGAGCAAACUUGUGGACCUGAAGAUAGAUUAUUCCCCUGGUCCUGAUGAAAUGCAUCCCAAGGAUGCAAGUCUGGCUGUGGUGGUAGCCUUGCAGGUUACUCUCAUUGUCAGCCAGAUAAAGCUAACGUUAAAGCUGUUCGCACGGAUGAACCUCACAGCAACAGUCUAAAUGGACACUGGAAUGGUAUCGAGAAGAACUGGAAUGGAGAAGAAUUGCCAGAGUACAGGUAUAGAGCUUUGUUUGAUAUCCUCCCAAUGCCCUGGGAUUGGCCAGUGGAAGUCAACUAUCACGAAGCAAAGGCCUUUUGUAAGUGGAAAGGCAAUGGAUAUCGCCUCCUCACUGAAGCUGAACAUCAUCGGAUUCGAUCUGGCAGUCAGAAGCCUUUGGGAGGUGAUGUUACUUCUGAUCCAAUAUUUUGUGAUAAUGUAAAGGAGAAACACAACAUCAACCUGACUUUUGGAUCACCAACGCCUGUGACUAUGUAUCCACCCAACGAGACAGGCUUUCAUGACGUGUUUGGUAAUGUCUGGGAAUGGACAGAAGAUCAUUUUAAUGGGCUUCCAGGCUUCGAAACCACAUACCUGUACGAUGACUUCUCCACCCCCUGUUUCGACGGCAAGCAUAUGAUAAUUCUGGGUGGAUCUUGGAUUUCAACAGGUGAUGAGGCUUCAAGAUUUGCGAGAUUUGCUUUUAGAAGGCAUUUUUUCCAGCACUUGGGCUUCCGCUUGGCCAGAACCUGCCAUGGGUUACAGACUCCAGUCACAGUGGUGAAUGUUGAAGGAUUUGCUCCAAGGAUGGCAGAUAACUCCAUCGCUCUCCCCAAGGAGACGGUACAACUGAUACCAGUUCCCAGCAGUAACACUCAAUUGAACUACGAGACAGAUGUUGCUGUGCAGGAGCAGUUGGAUUUGGAAUACAGAGGCCUGAGUGAAAGUGGUUACUGCAGCCAGGUGUUUGGAGUGUGCAAGCAGGUGAUCAGGGAACAUCAGCUAUUUGGGACAACAGGCCUUGUCCUGGGCAGUGGAACUGGGCUCUUGUCGUUCAUGUUGACACAGCUGCUUCAUAAGGUCAUUGGAAUAGACUACAAUGGAAGGUUCAUUGAUGCUGCACAGCAGCUAAAACAAACGGGGCACUGGAAUACUGAGAUCAGGGUUCCAGAGUACUUGGACAGAGACAGGGUGAUGUUCAAACAGCUUACUUGGAUUCCUAAUGAAGUUGGACAUCAUAGUUUUAUACUUCUUGAUUUCCUUGAUCGUACCCUCAAUCCCUCAGCUUGGCUAGCACGCUUGUCUGGUGUCGUGCAAUCAAAAGGUUUGGUCGUCAUCAUCUCAGAGAAGUGGAAGAGGAGCAAUUUGCAUCAAAGGUUUCAAGAACUCAGAAAACAGUGGUCCUUUGUGGAAGAAAGGGAAAUCGAGAGCAGAAGAAACCAAGGCAAAGGAGUUACUUUUGUUACCAUCUGGUAGCCGCACCAUCCCACAGACUCCAGUAUCAGUGACAAUGAAGAUUAGUGACAAAGUCUCCAAGGAGCUGCUGAAAGAGUAAUGUUCAUUUCUGAGUAUUACAGUAAAUGCCUAUGGAGAAAUGAUUUGUUUUUAUUAUAUUCCUCCAGAAUUAUGUUUUGAUUGAAUUUUGCCUAGGUUUAUUAAGCUCUCACAGAGAUGUAUUGUGUAAGUUUUUGGCCUUGCUGAGCAUGUUCCUUUUAAUGACCAUACAUAAUACUGGUAGAUGAUAAAGUAGCUUCAUUAUUCCUCAGUUCCAUGAACUUCUUGUGUGUAACUAGCGAGUUAUUAACCAUACACUUUGCUGGUGCUGCUUUUGGGGCAAUCAUCAUAAGGUCUGUAUAUAACCAAAAAAAAAACUCAUGACCAUUGAUAUAACCUUGUUUGAAACUUCCUGCAUAAAUUAUUUUCAACACUUAAUCAUCUAUUGUACUUUGAAAUAUGAUUUGUGUCCUUAAAUAGACAUUUCUAAUUUCAGUGUACAAAAUACUCUUUACUAAAAGGUUACAGUUACAGUGAACAUUAAUCUGGUCUGGU